AUGUGCCCGAAUUGUCGAAACACCCUUUCAGUCGUACCAUCCGACCCACCAGACUCAGGCGACGGACACUUGAACGUCCCAAUAAGCGCUGUCGGAGAGCCACCUUUCUUUCUGUACUGCAACCACUGUAGAUGGGACUCUGCAGAAGUAGGUAUCACCUUUGAGAAACCCACUGGAUUGGCAGCUCAGCUCCAAAAAUUUGAAGACUCUGCCCCCGACACGCUCGAAUUUGACCGGUUGAAAGAACACUUCGAUCCCUUUCUACGUGCCUCGGCUCUAGCAGGAUCCACAUCUGGUAGUCAUGCGGUUGCUCAUUCCAGCGCGACACCCCACCACUCACAUUCACUUCAUUCCAACUCCAUCACAGCCGCAGCCUCUGCUGCCCUCGCUCGAGAUAUCCCUGGUGUCGCCAAAUACAAUCCCCUGGCUCGCAGUACCACUGGCCGGCCAGGAAAAGAUCGAAGUAUCAACAAAGAUGAGAUGGCGGAAUAUAGGAGUCGGUCAGAUAUUAUGACCGCGAGCUCGAGAGGCAGCGGGGGAGGAGAGGCGGAUGUGGACAUCGUGAAGCAUCUGGAGAGCAUUGCCUCGGUGUCUUCACUUGAGCAACGAUGGGAGAACAGCUGGGUUUCAUCACUUGCAACAAAGGACUUGAAACCUCUUCGAAUACCUCUACACUCCAAGCGGUCAAAACGAUGCCCGGCAUGCACUCAUAUCCUGAUUAAACCUGAGCAGAAAGCCCAGUCGGUUCGGUACAAGAUCAAACUAGUGGCAGCGAAUUAUUUGCCAGCAAUAACCGUCUCCCUCCCACACGCGCAACAAGCGCUUGCCGAACUGGCGAAACGAAAUCUUGGCAAAUCUACCACGCAACAGGUCGUCGUCGACGAAAGGGCACUUACGGGGCUUAUUGCUGGACGCGGAUACCCUUUCCACCUCGCUCUCACCAACCCACUGUACGACCCCAUCCACGUUCGACUAUCAGUGCAACGCGUGCAUGUUUCGACGUUGAUCCAGGAUAAAUCAUCCCCGGAGAAAGGGAGGAGACCACCGUUCGCCAUCUCGUUACCAACGUCUCCCUUCGCUAUCAACGCGUUUGCGGAAGCAUGGGAGUAUGAUGACGAUGAAGAUAUGUUCGGUGUCGAAGACGACGAGCUUGGAAUAGGAGGAAUCUCGGCAACCGCUGCGUCGAGGAGUAGGGACAAAGACCCCAAGGCAAAGCCCAAGAAUGUUGGUGUACUAGAGAAAAAAGCCAAUACCACUUUGGUUGGCGGGGAGGUCGUUAUUGGCAAGGAGGCUCGAGGCAGGGUCAAGUUUAACAUGCUGGUAUCUUACACCUAUCGCUCAGAUGACCCUAUGCCCUCCGAAAGUGGGGAGGGCGAUGGUGACUCUAGACAUUCGGCUAAAGUCCCAGAGAUCAAGACGUUUGCCUUUUACACUGUUGUAGAUCUGGGUGAGAUUGUACCUAGAGAGGAUAUAAAGAUGGAUAUUUGA